AUGAUAAUGCCGUUCACUCUCCUGUGGUGGCCCAACCCCGCCGUCGAGGCCGCUUUCGCAAGGCGCUUCGCGGCGAAGUACUUCGAGAGCGCCGACCUGCUGUUCCGCACAGUGAGGGCGAGCGUCAUUCCGGUGUUCCUCUGCGUCCGGCUGUGGCAGCAUGGCCUCGGGAAGCACGGCCUGCACGCGCUGUGCUGCGUCGCCCUGGCCGCUGUGGUGGAGUGGCUGGGCUUUGGCUGGCAGAGGGAUAGGCUGGGCCGCAAGAGGACCACCAUGGCGAUCGUGACUCGAAUCGUCCUCCUCUUCUCUCAGGUGGUGGAUGCGGCCUCCCUGCCAAUCGUGGUCCAGACGCCUCUCUCGAUGCUCCGAUUCCUGUUCAUGCAGACGGGACUGCUGCCCAUGCUGCUGUCCACCAUUGGCGUGCCCCUCCUCGUGAAACACCACCUGGUGGUGAGCUUCGCCUCCGUUGUGGCGAUGCGCGUCUUCAUGGUGGGCAACAUGUGCGCCGUGGCCGUCAGUGCCGCGGAGAGCGGUCCCAUGGUCAUUAUCAGCUGGCGGAUCGUUAAUGCCAUUUUGACGGGAGGCGCGUUUGAAGACAAGGCGUUGCCCGCGCCCUAUGACGCCUGCCGGAGCGUCGUCACCAUGUCGCACUUUGUCCUCGGGAUGCUCGUGCCAUCGUACGUGAUGUGGACUGUGGAGUAUGAAAACCGGAUGCGGUUCGUCGAGGGGAGACGUGAAGCUUUGACAGACGUCACAAUGGGCAGGCAAAUGCUCCUUUUCGUCCCCGUGAUGGUCAUCGUGUGGCUGUUGAUGAAUAUCAGAGUGUGGAUGUAG